AGGGAGAGGGAGGGAGAGAGAGAGAGAGAGAGAGAUCGCGACGGCGGGAGGGCAGGCAGGCAUACAGACAACAGCAGAAUCUGAGCAGGACGCGCGCAUCGCAGACAAAGGAGCCGAUAAAAGUGCCCAUCGAGUCCAGAGGAGACAAGAGGCAUGCAAUGGGGUGAGGUGCGGGAGGGAAGUCCGGAGACUCGCGAGAGUUCUGUCCUGCUUGUGAAGAUGUAUCCACUACACAGAGAGAGGGAGCAGCCGAUAUAUAGUACCAGAGCACAUGUCUUCCAGAUUGACCCGACAACUAAAAGGAAUUGGAUUCCAGCCAGUAAGCAUGCUGUCACUGUCUCGUUUUUUUAUGAUGCCACACGGAAUGUGUACCGCAUUAUCAGCGUUGGUGGAACAAAGGCCAUCAUCAAUAGCACAGUUACUCCCAACAUGACAUUCACUAAGACAUCACAGAAGUUUGGCCAGUGGGCGGACAGCAGGGCAAACACGGUAUAUGGCCUGGGUUUUGCAAGUGAGCAGCAGCUGCAUCAGUUCUCGGAACGGUUCAAGGAAGUGAAGGAGGCAGCCCGGCUGGCUCGGGAAAAGUCCCAGGAUAAAAUUGAGCUGACCAAUCCAGCUUUGAAUAUUGCUGCCCCUCAGGACUAUUCUGAAGAUCUGCAGUCUCCUCCUGUCCAUCCACUCUGCAUCAAUGGCCCUAUGGAAGACAAGCUGUACCGUAGCCAAAGUGCUGACAUUGAGUUGUCUUCUGAAAAGGAGCGCAUAAAAAAGAUGCUGUCUGAAGGUUCCAUCUGUGAGAUGAAUUGGGAAGCGGAAUUAUUCACCCUGCAGGACAGCAAUACUAAGCUGGUGGCAGCCCUGCAUGAGGCCAAUGCCAAUGUAGAACAGUGGAAGAAGCAGCUGGCUGCAUACCAGGAAGAAACGGACCGGCUGCGGGAGCAGGUGGCCAGCCUGGAGACUCAAAGCAGUCGGCAUCCUUCAAAUGAGGCAGGGAAAGAUGAGCUGAGCCAGUCGCUUGCUGAGCUUGAGACUCUACUGAAAGCAAAGGAUGAGGAGAUUCAUUUGCUUCAGAGCAAGAAGUCCGAUUUCCAUGAGUUGGAGAGGGAGAGGGAAGAGGUACUACAACGCCUACAGGAACUGGAAAUGCAGAAUGCUGAGCUUGAAAGACGGGCACAGAGUGCGGAGCAGAGCCUCGCCAGCUCCCUGGAGGAGCGUGAACAGGCAGAGAGGGAAGUCCAGAGAAUCCUUGACAUCCUUGAUGUCAAGAUAUUCGAUUUGACUGAUUUACGGCAGAGUCUAGCCAAAAUGGUGGAGAAGUAAAAAUGAAGAGUUGCCUGUCUCAUGGGUGAAAGGAAAGAAAAAAAACCCACCAGUAAUUUUCUACAGGAAGAAGAAAACGAAGCACAUGAAACCGAUAGCCAACGUUGUCUGCAGCCUGCCAAAUUUAGAGCAUCCUGUACAGUAGCCUUCAGGAAAACGUGUCAUAGAAGUAGCAUUGAACCACAUUUUUUAGGAAGCCAGCAAGCCACCAAGCCACCAUCUCUUCUGCAAAGGCAAUAACGGAACUGAACUGGAGGAGGAAGAUGUGAUGGUGUGCUGUGUCAUGGGGUUCCUCCUAUAGCGAGGGGGUGGAGUUAGGCUUCCAACAGCAAUAAAUGGCAUGGAUACAUGUCCUUGUAAAAUUCAGACCUGCUGGUACGUGGUCCAGCAUUAACAUCUCAAUAUGGGAGAUAUCACAGGUUGCUGGCAGCCCAGGUGCUAUGUUGUUAUGGUCAUACGGUACAUCUGUUCAGCCAGAUCGAUAAAAUAAUACGCAUAAUUAGGAACAAAAUAUCCCUCCAAAUGUGGUAGAUGUUGCAGCUUGGAGAGUAGUGGAUACAGUUUGCGAUGCAGGAUUCUUCAAAUUAAAUGGAUAAAGAGGCACACCAAAACAUCUCUAAUACUAUGUGUAGAUGAUCGCUUUCUGCAUGACACAAAAAUGCAGGCAUUUGCUCUUGACGGUCAGAGAGCCAUGUUGGUUGCAAAGCUUUAAGGUUUAGGCUCCAAACUUGGAAGCCAACACGUAUAAUGGGAAUGUUGAGUUUAUCGUGACCAUUUAAUUAAAUAAAAUUUGUGUUGCCGUACAAUC